CGGCGCUCCGGUGAGGAAGGGAGGGGCAUGAAUAAUCCUAUGGUUUAGUACCGAAAAAUAUCUUCAAGUCUUUAUCAACUCACUCGUUGCUUGACACGUACUUUUCACGUGUUUUAACCGGUGGAAUCGUCGGCUUAUCACCUCAUAACCACUGUCUUCCUCCGUCAGCCGCCGGUCACCUUCCGCUCCUACCCGAAAUUCGACUCUUCUCAACCCGUUUCUGUUAUUUAAUCACGUUCGGGUCAUCAGGUGAUCCGUGCUAGCUUAUUCUAAUUUCUAAGUGUCGUUCUUGAGCUGAAUCCGGGUUAAGCACUUCUAGUAGAUGCCAUGCCGAUUUCAGCGUUGAGAGUUUGUUGAUGUUUCAAUCGGUGGAUGAUUUGGUGUCAAGAUGAUGGGGUAUGAGAAUCAGGAUUUCGAAGAGGCGCAUCUAUAUGCAUCAAAGGAAGAAAUGGAGUCUCUCUUCCUCGACGACGAUCACGACGGCGGCUACUCUAAUGGCCGCAAACCUUUCUCCGAUCCAUUAUCAGCUUCACCCCUACCGUUCGCUGAAAUCUCUACUAACGAUGACCACCUGAGCCCUCCUCCUACUCAGACUCAAAACCCUAACUCCUUCAAUUCCAUCCUCGAACCUCCCUCUUACGCGGAUGCUAUUUUCCGGUCCUUUGACGCCGACCACUCUCCGGCUGAAGUCAACGGACACGACCAAUCGGGAGAGUCUCCUUCUUCUUCGUCCCCGUCUGCGGCAAUGUCCGAAUACCUUCAGAUCACGGUCUCUGAUCCGCAGAAGGAACAGGAGCUCUCCAAUUCUCUCGUUCCAGGAGGGAACACUUACGUGACCUACCUCAUAACUACGACAACGAACUUGCCUCGGUACAGCAGAACUGAAUUUAGCACCAGAAGGAGAUUCAGAGACGUUGUGACAUUGUCCGACCGGUUAUCAGAAGCUUAUAGGGGCUUUUUCAUCCCAGUACGGCCUGAUAAGAGUGUGGUAGAAAGCCAGGUGAUGCAGAAAUACGAGUUUGUCGAGCAGAGGAGGGCAGCAUUGGAGAAGUACUUGCGGAGGCUGGCAGCACACCCUGUCAUUCGGACUAGUGAGGAGCUGAGACUUUUUUUGGAGGCGCAGGGUAAAUUGCCGCUGGUGAAGACGACUGAUGUGGCAUCCAGGAUGCUGGGUGGGGCAGUGAAUCUUCCAAGGCAGCUCUUAGGCGAGACCGGAGGAGCAGGAGCUUUGGACCUGAAUGAGAUGGUUCAACCUGCCAAAGGAGGGAUGGACUUGAUGAGGAUGUUUAAGGAGUUGAGACAAUCAGUGACAAACGACUGGGGUGGGGUGAAGCCGUCUGUCAUGGAAGAGGAUAAAGAGUUUCUGGAGAAGAAAGAUAAGUUGCAGGGGUUUGAACAGCAGCUCACUAAUGUGUCUCAAGAGGCUGAAGCACUUGUGAAAGCACAGCAAGACAUUGGAGAAACAGUGGGGCAAUUGGGCCUAGCCUUUGUUAAAUUGACUAAGUUUGAAACGGAGGAAGCCAUUUAUGACUCUCAAAGAACAAGAGCUGCAGACAUGAAAAACGUAGCAACUGCUUCUGUUAAAGCAAGCAGAUUAUAUAGAGAAUUAAAUGCACAGACAGUCAAACAUUUGGAUAAGCUUCAUGAAUAUCUUGGAACAAUGUUAGCUGUCAAUAAUGCAUUUUCGGAUCGGUCUAAUGCAUUAUUGACAGUACAGACGUUGGUAUCAGAACUGUCAUCGUUAAAUUCCAAGAUUGAAAAGCUUGAAGCUGCAUCCUCUAAGAUAUUUGGUGGGGACAGGUCUAGAAUUCGUAAAAUAGAAGAGCUGCGAGAAACUGUUAGAGCCACUGAGGAGGCCAAAAGUUGUGCUGUCCGAGAAUAUGAGCGCAUCAAGGAAAACAAUAAGAAUGAACUAGAGAGAUUAGAAAAGCAGAGGCAUGAUGAUUUCAUGAGCAUGCUGAGAGGAUUUAUUGUUAAUCAGGUAGGAUAUGCAGAAAAGAUUGCUAAUGUUUGGGAGUCAGUGGCAGAUGAAACAAGUGGAGGUGCUAAACAAGUUGGAUGAUUUUAGUUGAUAUUUUCUUAGCUUUUUGUUCCCAAUGUCAUGUAAUUCAAUUGUGUACAAUGUAAUGGAUUUGUUGAUAGAGAGCAAGAUUAACAUUCUCCUUCGAGGCUGAAGAUUCUUAAAUUGAGAGUAGAGUUGUGGAUGAGGUUCAAUGGUAUUUGUGGAUGUACAUAGGCUCAUUUUUUCUUCUACUACGUCUAUGUUCUAAAUGGUUUCAUGCGUUCUACAUUGAUCCUUCAAAGUUGUAGUCUUGUAGACAUUUGUUUUGGUCAAUCCUGCUUAUGCUGCUGCUACUCUGCGUGAUUGCUCGACUGCCAAAUCGGAUUGUUGAAUAUCUUGAUGUAACGUCUUGGGCAUAAUUUCGAAUCUACCCGACUGGGUAGCAUGGACUGGGUUGUAUAUAUUGUGUGUUGUAAACUUUCAAUGUUGUGCGGUUGCAUGCUCCUGGUGUGAGUGUUGCUGAUAAAUGCGCAUAUUAAUUAUAAGAGCAUCUCCA